AUGUCGACCACGGGAGAAGUCCCCGCUUUCUUCAAGAAAAUGGGCGCCGAUAGCCCGAAGCCGCGGCAGAAAUUCUGCGGCAUGUUUUGUCCGGUGGAGGGCUCGGCGGAUAACAAGACGCUGGACUUUGAUUCGCUCUCCGGGGGCAAAGGGAAGCGUGACGGACGAGUCAUUGACAGACAGACGGACAUUUCCCAACCGAGGAAGGUGGAGAUAAGGGGGAGCACGGGGAAAGAAGCCUUACAGAAUCUGGAUGAUAGGUGUGACAGCCUCCUGAUCAGAGGAGCAAACAUCGUGAAUGAUGACCAGUCCUUCUUUGCUAACAUCUAUAUAGAGGGUGGCGUCAUCAAGCAAAUUGGGGAAAACUUUGUUGUGCCUGGUGGGGUGAAAACCAUUGAUGCCAAUGGGCGGAUGUUGUUUCCAGGGGGCAUCGAUGUGCACACACGUUUCCAGAUGCCUGAUCAAGGCAUGACAGCAGCUGAUGACUUUUACCAGGGCACCUGUGCUGCCUUGGCAGGGGGCACCACCAUGAUCAUGAACCAUGUGGUACCUGGGCCCGGUACCAGUCUGAUCGCUGCCUUUAAUGAAUGGUAUGAGUGUGCCAACGCCAAAAGCUGCUGUGACUUCUCCCUGCAUGUGGAUAUUAUCCAGUGGCACAAGGGAGUCCAGGAGGAGAUGGAAACCCUUGUUAAGUACCACGGUGUCAACUCUUUCCUGGUCUAUCUGGCCUACAAGGAUGUUUUCCAGCUUACUGACUAUCAGGUGUAUGAGGCAUUCAGUGUGAUCCGUGAUCUUGGAGCCAUUGCCCAGGUUCAUGCUGAGAACGGGGACAUAAUCGCUCUGGAGCAACGCAUGAUGUUGGAAAAGGGUAUCACUGGGCCUGAGGGACAUGUUUUAAGUCAUCCUGAAGAGUUGGAGGCAGAGGCUGUCAACCGCUGCGUGAUCAUGGCCAAUCGGACCCAUUGCCCUCUGUAUGUCACCAAGGUGAUGAGCAAGAGUGCCGCCAACGUCAUCACCAAGGCCUUGAAGAAGGGCACUUUGGUCUAUGGGGAGGCGAUCACUGCUAGUCUGGGAACAGAUGGCUGCAACUACUGGAACAAGAACUGGGCCAAGGCGGCUUCCUAUGUCAUGUCUCCCCCCCUGAGCCCCGACCCAACCACGCCUGACUUUCUUAACACUCUGGUCUCCAGUGGUUACCUGCAGGUCACUGGCAGUGCCCAUUGCCCCUUCGACACCCCCCAGCGGGCUGUGGGCAAGGAUGACUUUACAAAGAUCCCUGAGGGGGUCAAUGGCACUGAGGAGAGGAUGUCAAUUAUAUGGAAUAACUGCGUGGGGACGGGUAAGAUGGAUGAAAACCAGUUUGUGGCAGUGACCAGCACCAACGCAGCCAAGAUCUUCAACCUGUACCCCCGAAAGGGCCGUAUUGCUGUGGGCUCUGAUGCUGACCUGGUGCUGUGGGAUCCAAACAUUACCAAGAUUAUCUCCGCUAAGAGCCAUAACUCAAAAGCGGAUUACAACAUCUUUGAGGGCAUGGAGGUGCGCGGUGGGCCCCUGGUGGUGAUCAGCCAGGGUAAGAUCGUCCUGGACGAAGGUAACCUCCGCACCACCGAGGGUUCAGGCCGCUAUGUUGUUCGCAAACCUUUCCCUACCUUCAUCUACAAGAAGCUAAAGACCCGCAGCAGGCUGGCUGAGCUGAAGGGAGUCCCCAGGGUACAGUACGAUGGACCGGUGUGCGAGGUGCCUGUCACCUCUGAAACCGUGACUGCUGCCUCCCCUGUCAUUCAAACCCGCCGGCCUAUCCGCAACCUGCACCAGUCUGGAUUCAGCCUGUCUGGGGCUCAGAUUGAUGACGACAUUCCUCGCCGAAGCGUCCAGCGCAUUGCCGCACCACCAGGUGGCAGCUCCAACAUCAAACUGGGUUAGAUCUCUACUACUGGUCAAUGGGGGAACUGAGGGCUUCAGGGGAGGGAGGGCCAUCAGGACCUGAGGAGCCAAUAAACCACACCGACAUCCAAACCCUCCACAGUGCCUAACCACGCCACCCCUCGGCCUCAACCUCUCACCUCCUCCUUUACUAUGUCUCAUUCCCACUCUGUCCCUAUCCGUAGCACCCAAACCCAAGAGGAGACACCCAAAAGAUUAAAAACAAAAAUAAUCUGCCUUGUAUGUAGAAAAAAAAACCGUCAACACUCUUUAUUUGAGCACUUUGAUUGUAUUUUUGUAUAGUGUUUUCUACUGUACUUUAUACCAUGU